AUGGAGCCACAGGUGGAGCUUUUCCAAUACACACCUGCCUCGGGCAAUUUGGUAGGUGAAAACGAAGCUACCACCGCUGUAAUGGAGGAAAAUCUUUUGCUGAGACAGGAGAAUCAAUGUCUUUUCGAACAAUUUUGCCAACAGAUUCACAACAUUCAGCGUGAGAAGGAGACAGUUCGUCUUCGACUGAUAGCCGUGGAGAGCGAUUAUGAUGCACAGAUGAAAGAGCUGCAGGCGGAGAUCAUUAAUCUGCGUGAGGAGGUGCAACAACAGAAGCGCCGCAGUGGGCAGCAAACUCAGGAGCACGAGGAGACCAUUCAGUCGCUAUGCGAGCACAACGCUGCGUUGCAACAAAAACUUGAUGAAGCCAACCAAAGUGUCACUGAGGUCAGCGUACAGAUGAAAGUGAUGCAGCACCAUCUCCACACUGCUCGUGUGGCCAUUCAGAGCCACGUGCAACAGAUUGAGAGCUUACGUGCUGAGAUUAAUCACCUAAAGGAGGAUAAGGCGACGUUGGAGCAGAAACUACAGGCUAUUAUGGACGAGAGAGACUCUGUACUAGCCACACUUUCGGAUGCUCAACAGGCUAAUGCUCUUCUACAACAGGAAAACGCCAAUCAACAACUUGUGAUAACCUGUCAAGACAACGAGCUGGCGCAGUUGCAGCAAGCAGCCGUGCUACUGAAGGAUCAACUUCAAACCCUCAAUUUAGUGGCUUCACCAUCUCGAAAGGCUUCCACCUCUGCCAGCGCUGUAAAACUCAGUGGGCAGAGCUCGAACCCGCAUCAGUCAUUGAUGGGGGAACUCUCGGCUGCGAAUGCGGACAAUGCGGAGGAUGAUUGGUGGUACAAACACGUUCAUCUGGACCCCUCAAUGACAGGGUUCUACGAAGACGACGAGAUUGAGAUUGAUGACGCCUCCCUGCUAGCCGCUAUGACAACUAACGGGAAGGUGAUUCCAAAGAGUGAAGAGAAUGGUACAAUGAAGGUGAAUGAGAGUAGCGAUCUCGAAUGCAACGAUUCUGGUGCGAGUGGUUCUACAGAAGAGGAAUUCCUUAGAAGCUUUCGUACCGAAGUUGCUGAAAUCUACCAGCAACUACGUCAGAUGUGUGUGGAGGUGAGCGCGCAAUCCUCCAGCAACGCCUCAUCAAUUGCGGGCCACAGACCAGGUGACUGGACGCCCGACCAACUGUCACGCAUCGAGUGGGAUUGUCGUCUCGCAUCGCUGCGCAACGUCCUAACAGACCUCCGUGGUCUCCUUCAGGAUCUCGUUGCCAUUCCUAUCAAGUUGUUCUUUCUCCUUUCCAGGCCUAACAAAGGUCAAAACAAGUUGGUGGAUGAAAACUCGGUGCAAAUGUCCUGUUGCUUGCUGUCUCCUUCUGCAAACCGUAUCUUCCUGUCAUUUUGA